AUGAAUGAGAAGAGGUUGAGCAUUCGCAAGGAGACGUUCCUGAAGCGAGCCGAUGCGCUCUACACGUUUUGGCACAAUGGUUACGACGAGGCUCUCGCGAAGGUGGAUGCUCUCGUUUUUAUGGUCGGCAGCGACGAAGAUGCUCCGCAGUACUCCAAAUCGAACGCACUUCAGACUUGGCUAUUCGGCUUCGAAAUGAGCGACCUGCUUUCCGUCUUCACCAGAAAACGGAUUUAUUUUUUAAGCAGUGCGCGAAAAGUGCAGUUUUUUGAGCCGAUCGAAAGUGAGGAGGCCAGUGGUGUGGUGCCACCGAUCAGCCUUAUGACUCGUGACAAAGUGGACAAAGAUAAAGCGAAUUUUACGAAAUUUGUGGGAAUAUUGAGAGAGGCUGGUUCGACCUUUGGACAUUUCAUGAAGGAUUCGUAUAACUCCGAAUUCGCGUGCGCCUGGAGGAAUGCCCUGCAAGAAAAUGGCAUUGAACUGAGCGUUGACGUUUCUUCAUCGUUUGUGCAUUUGCUUUCGGCUAAAGACGAGAUCGAAGUGGAGCUUUGCAAAAAGGCAGCUCAAGCAACGGUGAACACAUGGUCGCAUGCGAGGAAGAAAAUAGUAAAUAUCGUCGACCAGUCGAAGGUGCAACAACGUCUUGCCGAUAAUCACAGUGUGGAAGCGUGUUACACACCUAUCAUCCAGUCCGGUGGUGACUACACUCUGAAAUUGAGUGCAGAAAGCAACGAUAAACUACUGCAUUAUGGAACAAUCAUUUGUUCGCUUGGAGCUCGAUAUCAGGGCUACUGCUCGAAUCUAAGUCGGACAAUGUUUGUGGAUCCGCCAAAACAAUUUGAAGAAAUUUAUGAGUCCAUGCUUGUUAUUGAGAAUGCAGUCAUUGAAUCACUGAAACCAGGCAGGAAACUGUGCGAAGCAUAUGCAGCAGGAUUAGAAGUGGUGAAUGGAAAGCCGGAACUUUCGGAUCGUUUGAUAAAGAAUAAUUUCGGGUUCUUAGCCAUUUUUAUUAUCUCUAGCAGGGCAGCAGUCAUCGUCGUCGUAUGCAUUUAUUAA